UAAUAUGAUUUUAAAUUAUCAUAUUUUGUUUACUAGAAAUAACGAAUUUCAAAUUAUUUUCAAUUUAAUUAUACAUCAGCCAAAAUGCCUAGUUGUUACGUUUGUGGAAGAACAAGGAAUCAAAAAACAAAAACUGAAAAUAUAUCUUUUCAUAAAUUUCCUGUUAAAAAUAAAUUUGUUAGAGACAAAUGGAAAAAUUUUAUUUUGAAAAAUAAACUAAAUAUACAAAAUAUUAAUAAAUAUUCUGUUAUUUGCUCAAAACAUUUUGUUCAAGCCUGUUUUGUGAUGAAAAAUAAUAAAACAUUCUUAGUUAAAAAUGCAGUGCCAACAAUAAUAAUUUCAAGGAUCAAGGGUGCUAGAAAUUCGCAUUCCGAAAAAGUGAAACACUUAAAUGUAUCAUUUUUGUGUUCUGAUAAUGAAUCUAUGAGAAGUUUUUAUGUAAUUCAGACCCUUGUAAAGGUACCCUUGUAUGUUAUUUGUGGUGAUGAAUCAAUAUCGGAUCCAAACACAAACACUUCUAUUAACAUCGAGGAGCUCAAAGAUGAAAUUUCUAUGAGUGUUAAUGUUGUUAAUGAAUGUGAAAUAUCUUCUUUAACACCUAAACAUUCACGUUUGAAUAUUUCUAAAAAGGUGUCUGCUACCAUUUAUGCAGAUGAUAUUAAUGAGUGUGGAGUGAUGCCUUUAACAUCUGCAAAUUCAAAUAUAAUGAAUAAAUCUAAACAUGAUGAAUCGUGCACUGUACGAUAAAAUGUUAUUGAAUUCUUUUGAAACAUAAAGAGUUCAUUUGGCCAACAAGUUGAGAAAACAACACAUUUAUCACCUUAAACAAAAAAUGAAAGUUGAACUGGCUUCAAUUUCAUCCACAUAUAUUAAAUUAAAAAUUAAUCAUAGAGAAACUGUGUUUUAAUUGUUGGCCUUAGCAGUUUGG